AUGGGGAGGCAACCAUGUUGUGACAAGCUAGGGGUGAAGAAAGGGCCGUGGACGGCGGAGGAAGACAAAAAACUCAUAAACUUCAUCCUUACCAACGGCCAAUGUUGCUGGCGGGCGUUACCGAAGCUCGCCGGUCUCCGUCGCUGCGGGAAGAGCUGCCGUCUCCGGUGGACUAACUAUCUCCGGCCUGACUUAAAGAGAGGUCUUCUCUCUCAUGAUGAAGAACAACUUGUCAUCGAUCUUCAUGCUCUUCUCGGCAACAAGUGGUCUAAGAUUGCUUCAAGAUUACCCGGAAGAACAGACAACGAAAUAAAAAACCAUUGGAAUACUCAUAUCAAGAAGAAACUUCUUAAGAUGGGAAUCGACCCUAUGACCCAUAAACCUCUAAACCAAGAACCUAACCAUAACGAUAAUCCCAAAAACACUUCGUCGAAUCCUCGUGAUGAUAUCUCAAUGGAACCAAAACAUAGCAAGACCAAAAACGUAGAGACAAGUGGCACGACUACAGAAGACGAAAGCAGCAGCACAGUUACGGAUCAAAACAGUUCGAUGAGUAAUGAUAAUAUUUAUAAUGAUGAAGAUUUGUUUAGUUACUUAUGGUCCGACCAAACUACUUUAGCUGAGACCUCGUGGAGUGAUAGUAACUAUGGAGUUGGUGGAACAUUAUAUGAAAACAAUAUUUCCGGCGGCGGUGCAGAUUUUCCGAUAUGGUCACCGGAAGGAAUCAACAGUAAUGAUUGGAGGUUUUUGGAUUAUUGUGAAGACUUUGGUGUUCAUGAUUUUGGGUUUUGA